CGCUGAGGGGGGAGGAGCGGUCGUGCGGUGCAGGGUCGGCCUCUCAGGCAGCGGACAGGCGCCUCCCUCCUCCGCUGGACAAAGCUGGGAUCCCGGGGGAGACGCAGGCUUGUCGUUAGGACCGGGAGAGGCCCGGCGGUAUUGGCAGCAGCAACAGGUCUCGGCUUCAUUUCCCUGCACCCUGAAUGAGCCCCGUCCGUCACCCGGUCGGCGUCAUUACUUCUGUGGAGCGGACGCUGCAUCCGGCUUUUAUAAAUGCGGUACGGAGCCAAGAUGAUGCCGAUGUUUCUCACGGUGUAUCUAAGUAACAAUGAGCACCAUUUUAGCGAGGUGCCGGUCACUCCUGAGACCACCUGUAGAGACGUCGUGGAGCUGUGCAAGGAGCCUGGAGAGACCGAGUGCCACCUGUCUGAAGUCUGGCGAGGCACAGAACGCCCUGUGGCAGACAACGAGCGCAUGAUUGAUAUUCUGCAGAAGUACGGCAUGCAACGCAACGAGGUCCGAUUCUGCCUACGCCAUGAGCGCCCGCCAUCUAGAGAAUCGGGAAAUCUACAAAGAUCCCAUGAUCCCAAUCUGAAGCGGAAUGGGGUGAAGGUUUCUUCUGACAGGAGGAUUGAAAAUGGGGUGAACGGCCCCAGGAUGGACAUGACUCUGGCUGAACUGCAGGAAAUGGCAGCGAGACAGCAACAGCAGAUCGAGGCCCAGCAGCGAAUGCUGGCCACAAAGGAGCAGCGUUUGAAGUACCUGAAGCAGCAGGACCAGCGUCAGCAGCAGGCCAGCGAGCAGGAGAAGCUGAAACGCUUGCGGGAGAUCGCAGAAAACCAGGAGGCCAAGCUGAAGAAAGUGCGGGCAUUGAAGGGUCACGUAGAACAAAAGAGGAUCAGCAAUGGCCGACUAGUGGAGGAGAUUGAACAGAUGAAUAACUUGUUCCAGCAGAAGCAGAAGGAACUCAUGGUGGCCGUGUCCAAAGUGGAAGAAAUGAGCCGUCAGCUGGAAAUGCUGAAGAACGGACGCAUUGAGGGCUAUCAUGACAACCAGACUGCUGUCGCCGAACUAGACCGUCUAUACAAAGAGCUUCAGUUGAGGAACAAGCUGAAUCAGGAGCAGAAUGCCAAGCUGCAGCAGCAGAGGGAUAGUCUGAACAAGCGCAACUCGGAGGUGGUCGCCAUGGACAAGCGUGUCAAUGAGCUGCGGGACCGGCUCUGGAAGAAGAAAGCGGCUCUGCAGCAAAAGGAGAACGUACCGAUUUCAUCUGAUGGGAAUGUACCUCAGCAGGUAGCGGGCGGCUCCAGCAGAGUGGCGGCCGUCGGCCCUUACAUCCAGUCUGCCACCAUGCCACGUCUACCUUCCAGGCCCGAGCUGUUGGUUAAAGCUGCUCACCCAGAGGGCACCGCAACCACACAGGUGCCCGAUGUGCCGCUCAAGUCACAAACUUUGCCCAACAUGAAGACUGCCUCCCAGAGCAAAGCUCCACCCGGGACAGGGAUUCACAGCCUCAAACCUCAGCAGCCGGCUGGCACAGACUGGAGCGCUGUAAAUGGCAACAGCCAGGGACCAGGGAAAGGCAUCCCGAAUACGGCCGGACCAGCUCCAGACUUUGACCCGUCUGUGAGGGAUAGAGACAAGAAGAUCCGACCCAGCUCAAUGUUUGACUCUGUCCAGCAGCCUCCGGCACCCCCUAGUUUUGGGACAUUGAGGAAAAAUCAGAGCAGUGAAGAUCUCCUGAGGGACGCCCAGACUUCUAAUAAAAACGUGACAAAGGUGCCCCCGCCGGUUCCCUCCAAACCGAAACAGAUCAACCUGCCUUACUAUGGUCAAGCCGCUCCAUCGCCUCCCGCCGUAUCAAAGACUGACGUCCCAAGUAAGACGUCUGCAGCAGGCAAGCAAAAAGGAGCACCUCAACAGCUGGUCCCUGUGCCUCCUAGCCAGGAAACCCCUCCUCCUGCCCAGAUAGAAACUCCGCCUGCAGCGGCAGUGCGCCCAUUUACACCCCAACCAGUGAAAGAGCCGCCGCCUCCACCACUGCGCAAACCUCAGAUGGUGGCUGCUAGCUCCAUCUAUUCCAUGUACACCCAGCAUCAAAAGCCAGGGAAGAACCACAGUGUGCAGGGUGCCCUCGCCAGAGCCCAGACGCGGCCACAGUUUUCCAGUGUGUACGGUAAGCCAGUGAUUGGUGGAGGAGCUGUUCAGAAUCUGCAGAAUGGUAACCUAUCCACCACGGACAGCACCCAGGUAGAUAGUAAAUCCGCCAGUCCAGUGCCCGAGGGUGACAUCCCAGCACCUGGGAACGAGGGCCAGGAGACCGAAAGGAUCCCUCGUCCACUGAGUCCAACCAAACUCCUUCCCUUCCUAUCGAACCCCUACCGGAACCAGAGCGACGCAGACCUGGAGGCUCUCAGGAAGAAGCUUUACAACGCUCCCAGGCCUCUGAAAAAACGAAGCUCCAUCACCGAGCCCGAAGGACCUAACGGACCAAAUAUUCAGAAGCUCCUGUACCAGAGGACUACUCUGGCCGCCAUGGAGACUAUCUCUGCCCCUAAACAGACUGUCACCUCCAUCUCUGAAAGUACUGUAGAAGGUAGCCCGGUACCUGCAGACAUAGACACUGAAGUCUCCUCAGAAACCUCCUCCACGCUACACGUCAUGGACAUUGUUCCUCCCGAGGAGACUGUAAAUUUGUUUCCCGAGGACAUUGAGAUGCCUUCACCAGAGCUGGGUCCUGACAGUAUACCGGAGGGAAUUCCCUUUGAGGAUCUCCCACCUCCAGCUAUGGAAACUGAUCCGAAUCCAGAGCUGCCAGAGCCCCCUGAGACAUAUGUGGAAGAAUACCCCCCUUAUCCCCCACCUCCUUAUCCCAUUGCCGGAGACCAGGACAAUAUAGUGGAGGAUACCAGUAACCUGAGUCCUCCAGAGAUCACCGGACAGUUCUCUCUCCCUCCAGGUAAAAGAACGAAUCUGAGGAAGAACGGCUCCGAGAGGAUCAGUCAUGGGAUGAGGGUGAAGUUUAACCCUCUGGCUCUGCUGCUGGACUCCUCCUUGGAAGGAGAGUUCGACCUCGUCCAGAGGAUAAUCUAUGAGGUGGAAGAUCCCAGUCAGCCCAACGACGAGGGGAUAACCGCCCUCCACAACGCCGUGUGCGCCGGUCACACCGAGAUCGUCAAGUUCCUGGUACAGUUCGGAGUGAACGUUAAUGCGGCAGACAGCGACGGCUGGACCCCGCUGCACUGCGCCGCCUCGUGUAACAACGUGCAGGUGUGUAAAUUCCUGGUGGAGUCCGGAGCGGCCGUAUUCGCCAUGACCUACAGCGACCGACAGACGGCAGCGGACAAGUGUGAGGAGAUGGAGGAGGGGUACAGCCAGUGCUCCCAGUUCUUGUAUGGUGUUCAGGAGAAGAUGGGCAUCAUGAACCGCGGUGUCAUCUACGCCUUAUGGGGCUAUGAGGCAGAAAACGAUGACGAGCUGACCCUGAAGGAAGGGGACUGCAUGACGGUUCUGCGCAGGGAGGACGACAAUGAAACAGAUUGGUGGUGGGCUCGCUUACAGGACAAGGAAGGAUACGUCCCACGUAAUCUACUCGGGCUGUACCCAAGAAUCAAACCAAGACAGAGAACUUUGGCGUAAACGUAACGCCUGGAGUCAAUAUUCAUUCCUCCACGUGUCGCCUUCUCCAAAAGAAAUGAAGGAUUUCAGCUUUUAGACUCAAGUAUUUGAAUGGAUUUACACAGCAACUCUUGAUAUUAAUGGGACAGGCCUCCCGGAAACCGUGGCGCCCCCUGGAGGCCGGCUCUGUAAUGUUCAUUCUCCAUCAUACGAUGAGAUCUGGCCGCAUCUUGUAGCACAUUCAGAUUAUGGACUUUAUAUUUUCUAUGGACAUCUUGAAUUCAUAUUUUUUUUUUUUCUUCACUAAUAUCACUCUUAUACGGUUGGUGACGCAUAGAUUUAGGUAUUUUACUAAAAACAUUGUUAUAUUUAUUUUACCAGUAGCUUAGACAUGGUAAACUGCAAGGAAGAAAAAAAAAAAAAAGUUUUAAUAAAAAUGUCUCGCUGUAAUGUGUGAAACAUAAACUGGAUGAGAUGAAAAUCAGUAAAGCUUCCGGGUUUCAGUGUC